AUGGCUAAACGCACCAAGAAGGUCGGAAUCGUCGGUAAAUACGGGACCCGUUAUGGCGCCUCCCUCCGGAAAAUGGUGAAGAAGAUUGAGAUCAGCCAGCACGCCAAGUACACCUGCUCCUUCUGUGGCAAAACCAAGAUGAAGAGGCGAGCCGUGGGGAUCUGGCACUGUGGAUCCUGCAUGAAGACAGUCGCUGGCGGUGCCUGGACCUACAACACCACUUCUGCCGUCACAGUAAAGUCAGCCAUCAGAAGACUGAAGGAAUUGAAAGACCAGUAG